AUGGGACGUGCCUACCGACAUGCGCUCUCUACGAGCUUAGUCCUCUCUGUUGUGGGUGCGCUGCCCGCUCCAGCUCCUCAACUGGGCGGAAGCGGUGGCAUUCUUGGUGCGGGUACUUCGAACGGCCUGCUCGGUACUGGCCUUGUCGCAGCCGCCCCAGCCCCAGUGGUUAAGCCUGCAGUUGCGCCCGUGGUUCAGCCUGUAGUUGCUCCCGUUGCUCCGUCUACGAACACAGGUACAGGUCUGCUCUCUGGAGCUGGAGCUGGACUUGGUAGCCUCCUUGGCGGUUUACCCAAUGUCCCGAUUGCGCCUCCUGCUGUCCAAGUACCGUCUACUCCGGCUGCUGAAGUCCCCUCCGCAAACACAGCAAAUAUACCCAUAGUCCCUACCGUUCAACAGCCGUCAGUCCCGAGCGCUAACACUGGACUGCUCGGAGACAUCCUUCCAAAUCUGAUCCCAACAGCGGGCACGCCCUCGGUCGGACAGCCCAUACCGAACGGGCCGAACUCCGGACUUGUAGACAGCCUCCUCCCUAUCACUGCACCGCUGGGAGGUACGUUGACAGGCCUCGGCAACGUUGUCGACGGCGCGACUUCUGGUUUGGGUGCCACGGUCGGAGGAAUCACAUCUGGACUCGGACAGACCGUAGGUAGCACAGCUGAUGCUCUCGGCAGCACCAUUGGUGAUGCUGGAUCAGGUCUCGGUGGAGCUCUUGGCGGAGCCGUUGGAGGUGUAGGUGACGCUGUAGGCGGUGCUCUCGACACCCUCGGACAAACUGAGGGCGUUCUUGGAUCUGGUGUCGGUGGUGUAAGUGGCGGUAUCCUGGGAGCAGUCGAUAACAUCGCAUUCGGUCCUGACGGCGUCCCUUCCGUGCCCGGCAGUCUUCCGUCUACACCUUCCGUCGGACUCCCAAAUCUUGGACUGCCAGACGCAGGCGGAAUCGGAGGGGCCUUGCCCAGCCUCAAUCUCCCUGAUCUAGCGGGCGCCGUGCCCAACAUUGGAGGCGUUUUGCCUGAUCUCACGGGAGCUCUACCAAACUUGAUUGGACCUGGUACUGGCGAUCUUGCAGGUGCUUUACCAAGCCUUGACGGAGUCCUGCCGAACCUCAACUUGCCUGAUGCAGGUGGCCUCGUCGGUGCUCUGCCUGAUCUCACAGGAGGGUUGCCCAACCUCGACCUUCCUCUGCCUGGCCUUGGUAGUGGCAACCCUCUCCCUUCUCUACCUGGAGCAGAUGGGCUCAGCAACAUCCUGCCAACACUCCCUCUUCCUGGCCUCGAUAAUCUUGGAAACGUAUUGCCUUCCUUACCGCUGCCCGGUGUUGAUGGAGUCCCUAGUGGUCUUGAUGGGCUCGGCAAUGUGAUCCCUGGUAUCUUGGACAACCUCCCAACAGGAGACAUCCUGCCAACACUCCCUCUCCCUGGUCUCGACAAUCUCGGAAAUGCAUUGCCUUCGCUACCGCUACCAGGUGCUGAUGGAGUCACUGGUGUUCUUAAUGGGCUAGGCAACGUGAUCCCUAACAUCUUGGACAACCUCCCAAAUGGAGAUCUCGCAAACGGUGGAUUAACUGCUGUAGGUGGUCUGCCAAAUGUAGGUGGGGUUGUUCCUGGACUAGGCGACGAUACUGGCAACUUCGGCAAUCUCAUUCCCGAUGUAAUCAACGGCAACAUUGGAGACAUCAUACCCGAUGUUGUUGGUAGUCUUCCUACCGCACCUGGAGGCUUGCCAAAUCUUGGUGGUGUCGUUCCCAACCUUUCGGAUGUCGGCGACCUAGGUAAUAUCAUCCCUAAUGCCCCUUCAAUCGUGGACCCUCUCACCGACCUCGCAAACGGCGUCGGGGACAUUCUCGACAACGCUGGCAACACAGUCGGCGGAGUGAUCAACGAUGUCCUUCCUGGAGCUGUUCCCGGUGCUGGGACGAGCAACCCCAUUACAGAUAUCACUCAAGGCUUGGGUAAUACUGUGGGUGAUGUUGGCAACACCGCAGGACAGGUGAUCAGUGAGCUCCUUCCAGGUGUACCAAAUGCUCAGCAACCAGACACCCCUCAGCUGCCUGGUGAUACGCCGAAUACACCUUCGACGGACCUCCCAUCGACUCCAGAUGUUGGCACCAUAUCCCCGCCUAUUGAUACCCCGCCAAUUGGCGUUCCUGAUCUCGGUAUUUCGAACGCACCCGGCGCUGGAGUGCCUCCUGUUCAGCUACCGGACUUACCGCAAGUACCUGACCUUGGAGUACCUCCUGUUCAGCUACCAGACCUACCGCAAGCACCUGACCUUGGAGUGCCUCCUGUGGAG